AUGUCCAGCAUCAUGAGCAAUCGCAACAGCACGCCCGAGGCUAGCAACCUCUCUUCACUGCGGCCCCCUUCGUCGCGUGCAGUUGGAGGGGCUACCCAUGGUCUCCGCGCCUCGGCAGACAUGGCCGCCUUGACUGGACAGGGGACCGCAAGCCGGAUCCGCCCGUCCUCUGAUUUCUACGGUCAGGUGCAGGCGGGCCAGGGCCAGGGCAACACAGAUAUGGAUGCCCAGGACAAACUUGCUCAGCAGUGGAUCGCCGAUAUCGACCAGUACGAGACGACCCUUGAGGAGAUGGCUGCUGCUACCCUUGACCAGGAUUUCAAAGACGAGCUCAGUGCUAUUGAGCAGUGGUUCCGGGUCCUUAGCGAGGCCGAGCGUACGGCGGCGCUCUACGCUCUCCUCCAGCAGACCACCCAAGUUCAGAUCCGUUUCUUUAUUCAAGUCUUGCAGCAGAUGGGCAAAAAUCACCCCAUGUCGGGCGUGCUGUCGCCCGCAAACUUCGACAAGGACCCCAUGUCGAAUCGACUGAGCGAUGCUAUGAGCAAGCUGAACGUCGAUUCGGCUCGGAACUCGCUUGCCCGCCCGAGCCCGAACGUGAAGCGCCAAUCCGGCCUAGAUUCGUCGACCAUCAAUGCAAUGUUUCCCGAUGCUGCCGCGGCAAUCGCGACAGAGAAGGCCAAAUUCACGCAGCAGACGGGCAAUCCGCCCACCUCGACUCGAAACAGCCUGGUGGAUAACCGGAAUUCGUUGGUGGCGCCGACCAUUUCUGCCCCCAAGGAUGACUCUAACGGACAGAAUCCCGCUUCGCCGUGGGGCCCCAAUGAUCCCAACCGGCCCAAGUCGUCUUCUGGCCAGCCGCCCAUGGGCCAGUUUGUGCAACCUCCUCCGUCGAGCGGAGCGCUGCGAUCCCCUCGCCCCCAGCUUACGGGUAACACGAAUAUCCAGUCUACAACGCUGAACGCUGCGGACCAGCAGCUUAACGAUCUCCCACUUUUGUCGCCUUAUGCGGCAAGUGGUAACUGGGCCUCGAUGGUCAAUACGCCGAUGGUGCCGACAUUUAAUCAAACGCAAGGGAACAAUGCCGACAUGGUGGCCAAUGCCACGGCGAUGAAGCUUGCGGCUCUCUCGACGGUUAACAACCGGUUUGCGCUGGACGAUGUCCGCAAGUACCGCCGCGCUCGCUCCAACGAUGCGCCGGGGCAGGGACAGAAUGCUUUAUCUCCUGGAAUCCCUGGGGCGAUCAUGGUUAGCGAACAUGGAGUCUCUCUGAGUCGAGAGCAGAUGAUGGCUCUGCAACAGCCGCAGAAUUUGAGCUUCGCGGCCCAUAGGUCGCGGCCCAAUUCGCCGGGCAUUGCCGUGCAGAACUAUGGCCCCGCUUUGGCCUUCACAUCUCCACAGAAUAACGGUUUCUUGAGCGCCUAUGACGGCGCACCUUCGCUUUUAAACAAUGGACUGGCUCCAGUAAACCUGGCCCAAUUUGGGCUGGGCGGUCACCACGAGGGUUAUCAUUCGGACCAUUCGGAAAUGGUCCGUGGCCGGUCUCCCCGUGGACGGAGAGGCACCUCGAAGCCGCCGGAGGAUCCGACGGAUCCGUCUCUUCUGCAGGAUAUCCCUAGCUGGCUGCGGAGCCUACGCCUGCACAAAUACACGGACAACCUCAAAGAUAUGAAGUGGACGGAUCUCAUUGAGCUGGACGACAAGCAGCUUGAAGAGCGUGGCGUCAAUGCGCUGGGUGCUAGACGCAAGAUGCUCAAGGUCUUUGAGCAGGUCAAGGAAGCCCGCAACGAGGGGAAGCUGGGCUAG